GGCGGCGAAAGCCUGCUGGAGCUCAGACGCGCUGCACGCCAGCUCCGCCAUUGCCCGAGACUCUCGGUCGAGAGCCUGGAGGCCGACAAGAUCACUGCCCGCCCCUGGAUCAACAAGUGCCCGACGGGCCCAGAACGAGAACAUCGCGCCCUCGGCGGCGAUCUCUCCCUCUACCUCGUCCUGGGUAG